CCCAUCAGUCCCUGCCCUCCAGUCCCUUCUCUGCUCAGUGUGCCUCACCUGCCGGAGCCUGAAGGAGCGCGGGCUGGCUCCGGAGGGGGGAGGCACCCGCGCCCUUCUGUGCCGAGCCUGGGCAGCAUGGCCCAGCAGAGAGCCAUCCGGCUGUCCCUGCAGAAGCCCACGCACGCCGUGUGUGUGGUGGGCACCGAGGUCGCGCUGGACGUCUAUGGUUCAGUACCACCACGAGCUGUGACCUUCAAGGUCACUGGAAGCUCAUCGGUGCAGAUCUACAUGGAAUACGACCCUAAGAAUGUGAGUGAACCUCCGGCUGAUGAGCGCUGGCCUUUGGAUGCUGAUGUGGACGUCAUCCUAUCCGUGGAGGCCGCCAGUACCAAUGUUGAUGAUGUCAAGGUACGCGUUUCUUACUAUGGGAAGAAUGGGAGCCAAGCCCUUGGCCAGGCCCUGCUGCAUCUCACUGCCAUUGAAGUUUCUCUGGAUGUUGACACAGGCCGUACUGGGACAGUAAAGAGGAACAAAGAUGACAAGAAAACAUGGAGCUGGGGUCCAGAGGGCCGCGGGGCCAUCCUUUUGGUGAACUGCGACAGGGAUAGUCCCCUCCCUGGGGGAGUCGACUACUCUCAUAGUCGCUUGUAUUCCCUGGCAGACCUGGAGGAUAUGUCCAAGAUGGUGCUCUGGACCAAUGGCCCCGAUAAGAUCUUUGACAACCACAAGCUUGUCCUGCACGUGUCACACAAUGACUCAGACAAAGUGAGGGUAUUCCAUGCCCAAGGUGGGAACCGCAUUUCCGACUACAAGAGGGUCCUCGGACCCGACAAAUUGUCAUACAGCGUGGCUCGGGGCCCUGGGGAGCAGGAGAUCACCUUCUAUGUGGAGGGCCUUGCCUUCCCUGAUGCUGAUUUCUUUGGACUGGUCUCCUUCGACAUCACCCUGAUGGACACAGAUGGACUCCUUGAAACCCCGAUUUUCACAGACACAGUGGUGUUCCGAGUGGCCCCCUGGAUCAUGACCCCUAACACCCAGAUGCCCCUGGAUGUUUACGUGUGCAGUCUUGUGGAGCGAGAAUCAUUCCAGGCUGAAUUUCUUGAUGCUAUGACCUACUUGACAUUGAGAGCUAAGUGUCAACUGAUCAUCUGUCCAUUGGUGGAUAACCGAAAUGAUCGCUGGAUCCAGGAUGAAAUGGAGUUUGGCUACAUAGAAGCACCUCACAAAGCUUUUCCGGUUGUCUUUGAUUCUCCUCGGAACAGAGGGCUGAAGGAAUUUCCCUUUAAGAGGAUCCUGGGCCCUGACUUUGGUUAUGUGACCCGAGAGCCUGCGCAUGGCGGUGUCUCCAGCCUUGACUCCUUUGGAAACCUAGAUGUCAGCCCGCCUGUCACUGUCAAGGGGAAGGAGUACCCACUGGGCAGAAUCCUCAUUGGGAGCAGCUUCCCCAAGUCAGGUGGCCGCCGGAUGGCUAAGGUCGUCCGGAACUUUCUGUAUGCCCAGAAGGUACAGUCCCCCGUGGAACUCUAUUCUGACUGGUUAAGCGUGGGCCACGUGGAUGAGUUCCUCAGCUUUGUUCCUGCCCCUGGACCGAAGGGUUUCCGGCUGCUACUGGCUAGCCCCGAUGCUUGCUUCAAACUCUUUCAGGAAAAGAAGGAUGAGGGCUAUGGGACUGCCGCCCAAUUUGAAGGAUUGAAAAGGGGAAAGAAAAAAAUAACCAUUGAUGAGAUGCUGAAUGACAGAAGCCUUAGAAGUGACAAUCGUUAUGCGCAGAAAUGCAUUGACUGGAACCGUGAGGUCCUGAAACGGGAGCUGGGCCUGUCAGAGAGUGACAUCAUCGACAUCCCCCAGCUCUUCAAGCUCAGCGACUCCUACGCAGAGGCCUUCUUCCCUGACAUGGUAAACAUGAUCGUCUUGGGGAAGUUCUUGGGGAUUCCCAAGCCCUUUGGACCCCUCAUUAAUGGGCGCUGCUGUCUGGAACAGAAGGUCCAGGACUUGCUGCAUCCGCUGGGACUCAAGUGCACUUUCAUUGAUGAUUACCAAUCCUACCACGUGUUAAUGGGCGAGAUCCACUGUGGCACCAAUGUCCGACGGAAGCCCUUUUCUUUUAAGUGGUGGAACAUGAUUCCCUGAGCUGGAUCCCCUCCCACCGUCUCCUCCUCUUUAUCUUCCUCACAAGAACAUCAGCAUGGGGAGGAGGAUUGCCCACCUGUCUUGGAAAGAGGCCAUCAGCAGCAUCCUGCAGCACAGACCCCCAGUCACCAGGCCCUAACCAUCACUACAGGAUAUCUUUGGGAUUUUUCACCUUCUUUUAAAAGAUGACAUUAACUGGUCCAUCCAAUCUUCAAUGAAAACAUCCCCUCAGUUCUCCUUUUUUGCCUUUUCUCUACAUUGUCCAAUUGGUCCUUCUCAAAGAAACUUAAUGAUCCUUGUGUUCUA